GUGGUCAUACACCGCGGCACAGCGUCCGCCGCGAUGAAACGGAACGGGUACCGACCGUAAAGUCACACCGAUCCGCCAAGGUGCUGAACCAAAGAUUAUUGAUGAUCUUGACACCAGAGCACGGGAGCCUUUGAUCCCGAGUUUCCCUUGGAUUCGGGAAGGAGUGUUGGAACUAUGAAAGUGACGGUGUGUUUUGGGAGAACUCGGGUCGUGGUUCCGUGCGGAGACGGAAACAUUAAAGUGCAGUCGCUCGUCCAGCAGGCCGCGAUGCGGUACCGGAGAGCGAUCGCCAAGGGUGAGGAGUACUGGGUUCAGGUUUACCGGCUGGAACACGGUGAUGGAGGAAUCUUGGACCUGGAUGAUGUGCUGUGUGAUGUGGCCGAUGACAAAGACAGAUUAGUGGCGGUGUUUGAUGAACAGGAGCCUCAUGUUGGAGGAGACGGCACCAGUGCCAGCUCUACAGGCACACAGUCUCCUGAACUCUACUGUGGAGAACCGUCCACCUCCACCCCAUUGUCUGCCUUUCAACCCUACCUGCCCCACAGCGAGAUAGAAGUCACCACAUCCACACUGCGCACCAAUAUGCCUUUGCAUGUUCGCCGCAGUAGUGAUCCGGCAUUGUUAAACCUGACGGCGAUGUCUUUCUCUGAACCGGGCUCGCAACCCGAAGAGCCUUCCAGGAAAAACCCCACACGCUGGUCCACCACUGCUGGCUUCCUGAAACCACGCUUCGCCACUGGCACCAACAGCCUGGAGAGGAAGGGUCGAGGUGUGGACACAUAUCGUAGUCUUCCCCGUGAUGCAGGGCAGUGGUCCAAUCAGAAAGAGUUUCAGCGUGAAAAGGCCCGUUCUUCACUCAGUGCCAAUCAUCCCAUGGUGGACCGCUGGCUGGAGAGGCAGGAGCAGGAUGAGGAGGAGAAUGGAAGGAUAGAACCGGUGGGACGUGCGGACACAUGCUUGGAGCACAUGGGAGUGAGAUCAUUGGAUGAUAUUGUGAAAUUGGUGGAAGUGUCCAAUGACGGGGGUCCACUCGGCAUCCAUGUUGUCCCCUUCAGUGGUCGAGACCGCAGGACGUUGGGUCUGCUGGUGAAGCGAUUGGAGCGUGGUGGAAAGGCUGAUGUCCAGGGUUUGUUUCAGGAGAAUGACUGCAUCAUUCGGAUCAACAACGGAGAUCUGCGCAACGUUCGCUUUGAGCAAGCUCAGAACAUGUUUCGUCAAGCAAUGCGUUCUCCCGUCAUCCUGUUCCAUGUGGUGCCAACCACCAUGAGGUCCCAGUAUGAGCAGAUAUCCCAUAACGAGCACAACCCCAGAGCAAACAUUGACCUCUCGGGACGUUUCAGCCCAGACUCCCUCACCAAUGAUCUGGACAGCGCUGCUCACCGAUUGGCUCAACACAGACCACAGCAACCCAAUAACCAUCUGGAUACUGGCUCUCCCGUCCAUCAUCUUGUUGGCUCAUCGGGCAAACCUCCAACAGGCCAUACUUCAUCACCCCAAAGAGGCCUAAGCCCCGCCCCCACAACAGGCUUUACUAAGAAGGUUGGGCGGAGACUCGGAAUCCAGCUUAAGAAAGGACCUGAAGGUCUCGGGUUUAGCAUCACGUCCCGAGACGUUCCUCUUGGAGGGUCUGCACCUAUUUAUGUCAAGAACAUUCUGCCAAGAGGAGCUGCCAUACAAGACGGCAGACUGAAAGCUGGAGAUAGAUUGCUAGAGGUAAAUGGGGUGGAUCUGAAUGGGCGGGGCCAGGAGGAGGUGGUCUCUCUGCUAAGGGCGACGCCCAUGGGUGGUACUGUCACUCUGGUGGUGCUGAGACAGGAAGAGACCUUUAUUCCCAGAGAGAUGAACGCAGAACCAGCAAUACAGAACACAAGAGAAUGGAAGGUAGAAGAGGAGGAAUUGGUCUUGACUCCGGAUGGUACGCGGGAGUUUCUGACAUUAGAAGUGCCUCUGAAUGAUUCUGGCUCAGCAGGAUUAGGAGUCAGUGUCAAGGGUAACAGGUCAAAGGAAAGCCACGCUGACCUGGGCAUCUUCGUCAAGUCUAUUAUCAAUGGAGGAGCAGCUUGCAAGGACGGAAGGCUGCGGGUCAACGAUCAGCUUAUUGCAGUCAAUGGGGAGUCGUUAUUAGGGAAGACAAACCAGGAUGCCAUGGAAACGCUGCGCAAGUCCAUGUCAACGGAAGGCAACAAGCGAGGGAUGAUUCAGCUGAUCGUGGCGAGACGCAUCAACAAGCGCCUCGAGGGUGAGAGCCGCGGCAGUCCUCGAGGGUUAGAGCGAACACUGAGCCCGUCUCCUGAUGACCAUGAGCGGCGAAUUUCACACUCACUGUAUGGGAUCGAGGGCCUUGAUGACAACCUGAGGCCACAAGCCAGCACAAAUAACCGCAAAAUGAAUCAUUAUCAGCUCUCGCCGACGGUGAACAUGCCUCAGGACGACACGGUCAUUAUUGAAGAUGACAGACCACACGUUCUCCCCAUCCAGCUGUCUGACCAAUCCUCGUCCAGUUCUCAUGAUGACAUGGGUUUCGCUGUGGAGACACCCCCGCCGCCACCCUGGGAACCAGAGCUUCCCGACAGCUCUUCCAGUGCUAAUGCUGAGGGGCAGUUUCAGAGGGAAGGCUUUGGCAGGCAGAGCAUGUCUGAGAAACGCACUAAGCAGUAUGGAGAUGCAGGCCAACUCGACAUCAUCAAGACCCGCAAGUCCAAGAGCAUGGACCUAGUGGCUGAUGAGAUUAACCUCACACAAUGCACAGAGAACCACACAGGCUCUUCCACGCGAGAUGUGGGCCCGUCUCUGGGACUGAAGAAGUCCAGCUCUCUGGAAAGUUUACAGACCGCAGUUGCAGAGGUUACGCUCAACGGUGACAUGCCGUUUCACCGGCCGCGACCACGGAUUAUAAGAGGACGAGGCUGCAAUGAGAGUUUCAGAGCUGCCAUUGACAAAUCCUACGACAGGCCUGCAGCCAAUGAGGAUGAAGAGGAGUGCAUGGACACACUGGAGGAGGACACUGAAGGAAGCUCUCGAUCCGGCCGGGAUUCAGUUUCCACCGUGGCCGAUCUCACUCCACUCCCUGUCACCGAGCAACAGCUGAUCAAUGGAAACCAGCCUGAAAACGACAAGAAGAAAGAAAAAGGGGGGAAGGACAAAAAGAAGCCGGAGAAAGAGAAGGGUAAAACAAAGAAAGGAAUGCUCAAGGGCCUCGGAGAGAUGUUCAGGUUUGGAAAGUACCGUAAGGAUGAGCGAUUAGACGGUGCCAAGUGGAAAGCAGAGGAAACCCAUGCAUCUGAAGAGGAGACUCGCAGAAUGAAGCAAGAGCAGGAGAGGAUCCAGGCAAAAACGCGAGAGAUUCGUCAGCGUCAGGCCAGAGAGCGAGACUAUGCCGAGAUCCAGGACUUCAGUCGAUCCACCCUGACCUCACUUCCUCCCGAGGAGCCUCCGUACGCAGGCAUCGGCUCUCUGGAGCACGGCGGGUACCAUCGCAUCCACACUCCUCCAGAUUCACCAUACACACAGAAGCAGAACGGACGCAAUGGACACCCCUCCACUUCAGACAGGUACUAAUCAGCUUUUCAGAAUUGCAGAAAUACAAAGUUCUAUCAUGAAACUCAAUUGGGCGCGCAGGAUGAUGAAUCCCAUCCAAUCUGCUUCCAACAACAUGGCAUUGGACAAUUGAUGGUUGGUUUAACAAGGUUGAUUUCCAUUCAUGUGAAAUGUUUGAGGCCUAACUGUACAUCUAAAACAUGUCAAACAGAUGCCAGGGGAAAAAUAAGCGAGCAGGAAUUAAUUUAUUAAAAUGCUACUGUACUUGGAGAAACAG